UCGGAGCAGGGAAGGUGGAUCAGUGUGGAUUGGGAGGCUCGAGGCAGGGAAGGUGGAUCAGUGUGGAGUGGGAGGCUCGAGGCAGGGAAGGUGGAUUAGUGUGGAGUGGGAGGCUCGGAGCAGGGCAACUGUCUGACACACCGCAGAUCCGCGCGCUCUGCUGGGGUCCGCGUGCACGCAGCAGCCUAGCAACGGCACAGCACCCUCCCUGCUGAGCUGUAAAUAUCCGGUAAGACCAGCACAAGGCGGAUUCUCCCGUUUCUCACUGUGAGGAGUGUCUCAUGUCCUCUAGAUGGCGACGGUGAACGACUCGCGCCUGCUGCAGCAGCCCUCUCAGAAGGACGCAGCUGAUCAGAACUUUGAUUAUAUGUUCAAGCUCCUGAUUAUUGGCAACAGCAGCGUGGGCAAAACUAGCUUCCUGUUCCGCUACGCCGAUGACUCCUUCACCUCAGCCUUCGUCAGCACCGUAGGCAUCGACUUCAAAGUCAAAACUGUCUUCCGCAACAACAAGCGGAUCAAGCUACAGAUCUGGGACACAGCAGGACAGGAGCGCUACCGAACCAUCACUACAGCAUAUUACAGAGGAGCCAUGGGCUUCCUGCUAAUGUAUGACAUCACCAACCAGGACUCGUUCAAUGCUGUACAGGACUGGGCUACCCAGAUUAAGACAUACUCAUGGGACAAUGCACAGGUGAUUCUAGUGGGUAAUAAGUGUGACCUAGAGGAUGACCGACUUAUUCCAACAGAAGACAGCCAGAGACUAGCUGAUGAACUAGGUUUCCAGUUCUUUGAAGCCAGUGCCAAAGACAACAUCAACGUGAAGCAGGUGUUUGAGCGGUUGGUGGAUGUAAUCUGUGAGAAAAUGAACGAAACUAUGGAGGGAGAUGGUGGUCCACUCAGCCUCAAAGACUCCAACCUGCAGGACUCUCCAACUGAAGGACAUAGCAGCUGUGCCUGUUAAAAUACCAACCACACACCAUCUUACUUGCAUUCCACCCUACAAACUGCACCCUUGUCUCUGUCCCCCUGCCACACACUUGUCUUCAAAGACUUCAGACUAGCUCUCUGACUAAGACUUACUGUUCUGUAUUAAGAUGUGUUCUGAUUCAGAUUCUGUAAACCUUUCUCAUAUUUUUUCGAUAUCUGUCAAACCAGUAUUCUAACUCAAAUUCAUUCAGCCAAUCAAGUGAAAGUCUUUAGUCUGUACAGCAGUCUAUAUGCAUGAUGUCUCUAAAGCAUUCCUGCUAUCAGAAAAGGGGUGAUUUGUGAUUUAGCUAAUCAUAAAUUCACAGUAGGUGGAAGCAUUUUCUCUGAACUUGAACUAAGGUGCAGAGUGCCUUAAAUCACUUAAAAUCUUCUUAAACCUUGUUGCAGCUCAUUUUAACUCCUCUCACGACUGCACCAAGAAAUGCACAGGCUGUGUGUUAGCAGCUUACAGAGAUAAACAUCUGUCCAUCCACACCCAUCCAUUUUCCUCUAGCCCUCACACUCUCUGUUGGUUGUGUCUCUCCUAUCCUCUGAAAAAAAGCUUGGGAGAGCUCUGUGGCUUAGCCCACAAUGGAUGUGUUUGUGUCACAUGCAAGUGGAUAGCCCCAUUUUCAACUGCCAAUCUGUACCAGACUUGGCCAGUGUACUGUCUGUCUUGUUUAAAACUUUAGUUUUAGGAGGAACCACGUGUCAUUGCACCAAGCGUGAAACCCAAAUGAAGACAAGAGGAAGUUAAAAUUUACAGUAAUAUGAUCAUGUUACAUUUCAUGUCAAAUAUUUUUCUUAAUGGGAAUGAUGGAAAUGUUUAUUCUAGUAAAAAUUUCUAGUAAAAUGCUGCAUGUGGCUCAGUGGGAAUAAAUAGGGCACCAUCACAUAACCAUUGAAUUAAUGUUCUAAACCUGUUACACUAAGUAUUGAAUACCUUGAACUCUUCCUGCUUUUUGUAUUUCACAUACAAAGCUCUCAGUUAAAUGUCAGCUCUUUUCACAACAUUUCAUUUCAGUAUAAAUCCAGUCUCACUAUUUUUAAGUAUUACAUUAAUGUACAAUCUGCUGAGGUGAACCUUAUGGACUCAGUAUGCUUUAAACUUUUAAGCUUUUAAGUGUUGUUUUUGUGUUUAAACCAUCAAUGCAUUGAGGCUGUAAUGUAUGAUAAAGAUCAGAUGUAUAUGCUAAGGGCUUGUGGAGGUGAAAAAGAGGGUCAUGUGUGUCACAUGUUUUGUACUUGUAAACCUUGUUUUUCUUUAAUUUGUUACCAGUGUUUCUUUGUACAACAUACCACCCAUACCUGUGUCCAGAUCACUCGUCACAGUUGUGAAGUACAGAAGAGAAACUGUACUGUUGUGUGGCAGAAUCAUUCAGUAAGUGAAAAUUUUGCAGAUCAUAUGGCUUGUAUGCUUUAUAUAUGCAGGGACAGCUCUGAAACCUGCAGUAUGGUGAUGACUCAGGCUCUACUCAUCUUUAUAUUUGUACUAAACUCUCAUGUGAUCAGCUAGUGCCAUCAUUGUGACAGAAUGUACAUAUUGCCAACCAAAACCUCUGACAUAUUGGCUUGUAUAAACUUUUCUGGUGUCAAGAAUGCUUUCCAGGCCUAAAUUAUAUCCUUGAGAUGUGACCUGGUCAGUGUGAUAACAGAAACUAGAGAAAACUCUCUGCAGCAUCUCAACUAACCUCCACCCCUUCCCUCUCCCUUUUCUCUAUCAAUUGCCAAACAUACAGUUAACUGUUAUGAUCCGUUGGCACCACUCAGCAGAGAUACUCUGGUCUCAAUUUUUUUCUUUAAUCUGCUGUUUAUUUUUUGGCUCUGGAAUGUCUCAUACAUACUGUACCUUUAAUAAAGCUUAUAAUUCCUCACAUGGUAA